GAAACCUUCAAACCCCUCAAGAUAAGAGAAAUAUCUAAACAUGACAAUAUAAAUGAGUUCAAUCCACAUUCCUCCCCCUUGAGAGAAACUUCAAAAGGUGAAGAGAAGAGAGAGACUCCUCCACCCAUUUCUCGAGCUAACCCAAUAGAUCUUAAGGGAAAACAAGUGUCAGUGAGAUGUGAGGACCUUGAGAAGCUCACCACCUCAAUUAAGUUGGAAGUCCCAAGGGCUACCAAGGAG